GUAUCGCAUAGGCUCAACUUCCUGAAUACAGUAUGGCCAGAGUCAAAGAUAUCUCCAGAUAACGUUGUGGUAGAUUUCGUCUUCAUACACGACUUAGAUCCCAGAAACAACAGCGAGCACGCGCAAGCGACUUGGACUGGGAAUGAACACUUCUGGCCUCAAGAGUUUCUACCUAAGAGUCUAGAUGAUAACAUACGAGUAUUAAUCUACGGCUACAACUCGAUAUCCGCCAACAAGGUCUCCACACACGCUGACAACUUUCUCUUGUGCUUGGAGAUUGAGCGAACCGAAUGUCCGACUCGACCGAUGGUUUUCAUCUGUCACGGGUUUGGAGGCCUAAUUGUGAAACAGGCACUCAUCAAGAGCAGAAUGGCUGAUUAUUUCUCAGCUAUUCUUAACUCAACGAUUGGUCUUGUUUUCUUUGAAACGCAUAAUAACGCCUCCAAGUAUACGAGCCGUGCACGGAAAAAAUUGGCAGAUAUGGGGGCUUUGAGUGUAAACGACAAUUUCGAGACAAUCGAUUUGUCAAUACCGAUUAUCAGCUUGAAGAACACUUGCAAAUUUGACAGUAUGGACUCGCUAGGAUAUAAGACGGUUAUCUCACACAUUGAGCGCAUGAUGAAAGGGAUCAGUGAGGUUGCCCGGGCAGAUAGUAUCGCAAAGGAAGGUCAGUAG